AACCGAUUAGGCGUCACCAUCCUGGGCUUGCAAAUUCAUGAGUGCGCUUCUUUCUCUCCCCGGAGACCGUCCCGUCCCAUCAAGAGAGGAGGAAAGAAAACCACCACUGUGACGAUCAAAUGGGGACAAUCAACUAGAUGUCUUUGUCCAUCGGUUUGGGUGGUGUAACGUUAUAUUCGUGGUGUAGCGGUGCUGGUGGUGGUGGUGGUGUUGUUACUCAGCAGCAGCCAACAUGGCUGAGGAUGACAGUGAGUGGGUCGUAGAGAGCAUCGUUGGCUACCUGGGGAGUCCCGAAUGGGUCAUUCCCGUCACGGACUUUAUGGAGAACAAAUGCACAGUUUUUGAUGACGAAGAUGAAAACAAGUUGUCAUACACAGAGAUCCACCAGCAGUAUAAGAAGUUGGUGGAGAAGCUGCUGGGGAAUUACAUGCAGGAGGUUGGCAUCGACGAGCAGCAGUUUCUGGAAGCAUGCACCUCUCCGUUUGCCAAGUCCCAAACACUGCAGUCGGUGUUCCAGACAGUUCUGGCUACAGAUGACUUCCAGAUAUUUCGCUCCCUGAUGGUCCAGAAGAACAUGGAGCUGCAGCUUCAAGCCCUCAGAGUCAUUAAAGAAAGGAACGGGGCCCUCCCAGAGUGUCUGACUGAUGGUGUGGACGUGAUGACAGAGCUGCAGGAUCAAGAGAUGAAAAUCCUACAGGAAGUUCUCAAACAGUCAAAAGAGGAGUAUGAUGAGGAAAUGUCCAGGAGGCUGCUUUUAGGCGAAGAGGUUGGCUCCACUUCCAGCAGCUGCUCUGAUAAGCCAAUAGCAGAAAACAGUGAAGCCCAGAAUACCUCCACUGCUCCCAGCCAACAAAGCAGCGCUGCCAAGACGACAGCUGAGGGGAAUGGUGACAGCAGCCGCAGUAAUGGUCACCACGACCCACUAGUGAACGGAAACACUGCCACUGAAUUUAAUCUGGUCAACGGCAAAUCUGUCACCAAAGAAGAGAGCAAGACGGAUGCUCCAGUGGGAGGAGCUACGAAAAGUGCAGCUAAGCGCAGCUCCACGUCUAAACCCACACCAGAUUGUGGUAGUAAUGGUGUGGAGUCCCGAGUCCUUCCAGCAGUGAGAGCUCCAGUAAAGUCCGGUGAAGCCUCCGUCAGCCUCGGUCCUGGCACCAAGGAGCAGAGCAGCAGCAGCCAGACUGCAGCCGAGGCGUGUCUGGAGGAGGCGCACAGGGAGGCUGGCUUCUCCAAGCCAUAUACUGAGUUAACAGCGUCUCAGCAGGAGCAGCUCCAGCAGAGGGCGGCAUAUCUGCGUCAACAGCGAGACAAACUGCACGCGCUGAAAAAAGAGCAGCAGAAAACCAAGCAGGUGACCCCGCCGGAGGAGACGAUCACCGCUGUCCCAGAGGCGGUGGGGCAGUCCCAGAGGAAUGGGGCCUGUACCCCUCCUCCUCCUCUUCUUCCUCCUGCUCCUCCAUCACAACACUCCGCUAACUCCUCCAAACAGAAGGAGAUAUCUGCUGAGGAGAAGAAGAAGCUACAGAAGAGAAAACAUCUGGCUGACAAGCUGAAAGAGGAAGUGAUCAAGAAAUAACUGCAAUAUUCCAAAUGAUAUAUCCCGCCAAUUUACUCCAUUAAUCACGCACGGCUUCCUUCACACUGCCUCCUUCAGCCAGAUCAUUCACUUUGGGUAACACAGAUCGUAAAACACGAGUUCUUUUCAUCGCCAUCUACACGGGAAGAAGGUACAUCUGCUUUUGUAUUUGUGGAUGUACCAGUAUGUGACAGUCUCCACUCGUAUGAGCACACACACAAGUAUUCGAGCAUGUCUGACUGAGAAGGUGCAGGAAACACAAAGACCAGCCAGGCAAUAUGCAGCCAGUGUUACUAGAGUCGAGUGGGGAACCCAGGUGGCUUUUACUUCACAUCACGAGGCACACCUGUGUCCAAAGCGCUCCGUAUUUGCCACUCCUAGCACUACAUUUACUGUACUGUCAUUUAGUCUGCGUCCAAAUUCUAAAUGCAGAAUGUAUGGACUAUAUAGUGGCCUCAAAAAAACAAUCCCACAUUGGAAUGAAAACUGUGUUCACUGCAUGUACACUACUUGAUAAAGAUAUGACAAUGCAAUGCUUCACUAUUGAUAGUAUCGAUGUGUAUUAUGCAACACUGCACUGAUUCAUGACUAGUGUCUGUGCUCACCACAGUAAACCAGCGAGUAAAGGAGUGAUUUUGAACACAUUGUGCUAGUUUCUCUGUAGAAAACAGUCAGAAAAGGUCACACGUGGUGAAACAGUAACUCGACAUUUCAGUUAUUAAUGCUGGUAGAAGAGUUCUACGUUCAGGUGAGGGUAACAUUAGCGAGUCUUGUCGAGCGUCAGCUGGUCCACCAUGAAGCUGAUCACACUGUAGCAGCUCAUCCUCAAAGAUGAACACACUCGUGUGAUCGUGAAGGGGCCACGGCAGCUUUCUACAAGGAACGCAGUAUUUCACGUACGCUGUUUAAUAAAUCAUUUUAUAGAAA